GUAAUUAAUAUGGCCAAGAGUAAAGCACAGGACAAGUUUACAAAAGCAAAAAACAAAAUUCCAAAUUCUAGCGACAUUAGAAAAGAAAGUAAAUUUAAAAUGUCAGUGUUGAAUACUGCAAUUACAACCGCAUGUAUUGCCAUUGCAACUUGGUUCAGUUAUAAGGGAUACUUGGAAACUAGAGUGAAUACACCUUACGAUGUAGAAAAGUUAGUUACAGCAUCUGGUUUAGAUAUUCCGGACAGAUACUGGGGUACUUAUCGUCCAGGUGUAUAUUUUGGAUUAAAAACAAGAGAUCCUCAUUCUUUGGUAACAGGUUUGAUGUGGUACUUUCCACAUUUACUACGUCAGGAUGGUAGUGGCCUUAGACAUUGGUGUGAACAAGCAGAUAAAUUGGAUAGGUAUGCAUGGUUGGAGCAUGAUGGAAGAACUUUUGGUGUUCAAGAAAUAGUAGAUAAUUCAGUUAUUUUGAAUACUACAUUUGUUAAAAGACCUGGUGGUAAACAUGGUGGAGAUUGGACAGCGAGAAUCGCUGUAACAUCCGAGAAACAAAUACGAGAUGGCGAAGAAAUUUCUCUACUCUUUUACACUGCCACUGAUGAACACACUAAGGGUUGGAUUAAAGCCAGUCUCGGUGACGAGAAACAUAUAACAGGUGUAGAAGGAAAUACUCAAGGUUUAGGCACAUUUAAGAUAAAUAUCAACAUAGUUCAAGGGAAUAUGGAGGAGCACUCGUUUUUAACAACUGUCACUCCUGGUUUGAGCCAUUUGAAAGAAUCUGUUCUUCAGAAUUUUAGAGUUGCCACUCAUAAAGGAUCUAUGAAAAAACACAUAGUUUUAUCCGGUGAACAAGUACCAUUGGCUGUAGAUGGAAAGAAGAAAGACGCAAACUUUAUUGUAUCGCAAAUAACAGGAAGGAUUCCAUUCUCAAUAGAAGUCAGUUAUGAGUCUGGUAGUUUUAUAAAUAGAGGUAACAAAUUAGUCGGUAAAAAUUACGAGCACGCUCUGAAAACGCAGAGAAGAUUAUUCGAUGACAAAUUUGAAGAAGUCUUUAAAUUGGCUGCAAAGAAUUACGCAGAAGAAGAAAUAAAGUUUGCAAAAAUGGCACUGUCGAACAUGAUAGGUUCCAUAGGAUAUUUUUAUGGAACUUCACAAGUACAAAGCCAAUAUACUAAAGGACCUGUGCCUUACUGGAAAGCAGCUUUGUAUACUGCUGUACCGAGUAGAAGCUUUUUUCCACGAGGUUUUCUAUGGGACGAAGGUUUCCAUGGCUUACUGAUAUCGACGUGGGAUUUAGAAAUUGAACUAGAUAUUAUAAAUCAUUGGUUCGAUUUAAUGAACGUUGAAGGUUGGAUACCAAGAGAAAUGAUUUUAAGCCAAGAAGCUCUAGCAAAAGUUCCAGAAGAGUUCGUCACUCAAAUCAACACAAAUGCCAAUCCGCCCAUGUUCUUUCUAACGUUACAGUUCAUUCUUAAACACAAUCAAAACGAAAUAUUGGAGAAGCAUUUUAAAUUUCUUGACAGAUUGUAUCCUCGUCUUCAGACGUGGUUCAAUUGGUUUAACACGACACAAACAGGGGAUUUGCCAAGCACAUACAGAUGGCGAGGCAGGGAUGGUACUACAAAUAAAGAAUUGAAUCCAAAAACUCUUACGUCUGGAUUAGAUGAUUACCCAAGAGCGUCUCAUCCAAACGUUGACGAACGACACGUUGAUUUACGUUGUUGGAUCGCAGCUGCCGCUGAUAUCAUGUAUCAGAUUAGUAAUAUUAUAAAUAAUCCUAAUGAUAAGUAUCAAGAGACGUAUCAAUAUUUAUCGGAUAAUAAUUUAUUAAAUAAAUUACAUUGGUCGCCAAAUACACAGACUUAUGCUGAUUUUGGUUUGCAUACAGAUAAAGUAUCGUUAAGAAGACAGCCUUCACCUCCGAGAUCUCACGUGCAAUCAUCAGAAAUGAUACGUGUUGUUUCAGAAGAUCCCACUUUAAAAUAUGUGGAUUCAUCUUUUGGUUACGUCUCAUUAUUCCCAUAUAUUUUACAAAUUAUUGAUCCUGAAUCUCCGCAACUAGGUAAAGUAUUAGAAGAUUUAAUGAAUCCCAAUCUUCUAUGGACUACAUAUGGCCUACGUUCACUCGCGAAGACAUCUCCGUUAUAUAUGAAAUAUAACACCGAACAUGAUGCUCCUUACUGGAGAGGUGCGAUUUGGAUGAAUAUGAAUUACUUAACAGUAAGAGCAACUCAUUACUACUCCAACAUAGAUGGACCGUAUCAAGAAAAAGCGAAAACUAUUUAUUUGAACUUGAGGCAAAAUUUGAUACAGAAUAUCAUGAAACAGUAUAAAAAGUCUGGUUACAUAUGGGAAAAUUAUGGAGACGUUCAUGGAGAUGGCAAAGGAAGCCAUCCAUUUUCCGGUUGGACAGCUUUAAUUGUUUUACUUAUGGCAGAAAUUUAUUAAUUUUCUUUUUAUAUUACACAUAAUUCCGAAUACUUCCAUUUGUAUUCGUUUAGUAAUAGCAAAAUCAAAAGACUUUCUUAAUGCCAGCAGAGAAUGUAAUAACAUGUGACAGAUCCUAUAAAUUAUCAAAAUCGCUUACGUGAAAUAAAAUGUUUUCCAUAGUAAGAAAUUUUGGUAACUUAUAGGUAUAUAUGUUUUACAAAAUAAUGCAAUAGAGUUGUAUUUAGAGUGCACAGAAAUAUGUUCAAACACUUACUCGCGUAUUGCGACCAUGCAAAGUUUAUUAUGUGUGAAGACUAUUUUAAUGACGUUGAUUAACAUAUUUUUUAUCAAAUUAACAUCAAAUUGCAUUUCUAAUUAAUUUAACUAGAUUACUAUGUAAUUAAUUAGCAUUAUGGUAACAUCUUCAUUGAUGUAAAGUAAUAUAAUUUUUAUAUUUUUUUAAUUUUACUCCCACAGUAUUAGCUUGCAAACUAUUUAUAUUAUACUAAUUUUUAAAUAAUAAUUAUGUCUGUUAUUUGCACAUUUAGAUAUGUACACAUAGAAAGAUAAUGAUCUAACUAAUUUUACAAAGGAAAAAUCGUUGUUUGAAAUAGUCAAACACAUAAGCAACUUUCAGAUUUUGGCUGUGAUUCGUUAAACAAAAACUAUGCUGUAAUGUUAAAUCAUCUUAGAAAUAAACACGUUUAAAAUA